AUGACUUUAAUUUCUUUUUCUUUUCUCUCCUCUUUCUCUUUCAUAACAUUUAUCUCACUCUCUCUCUCUCUCUCUCUCUCUAAUUUCUUCCUCUUUCCCCUUUCUUUCUUCCUUUGUCUCUCACUUUUAAAUACCUUUUUACUUUCUCGGUCCUUUCUCACUCGUUUCUUAUUCUUUUUCAUUAUUCCUUUCUUUCUUUCUUUCUUUCUUUCUUUCUUUCUUCUUAUUCCAUUUCUCUAUCUCUCUCUCUUACUCCUUUUCUUUUUUCACUCUUUGUCUCUUUUCUUUCGUAUAAAGACGACAGUCCACAAUAUAUAUUUCUGUAUCUAUCUAUUUAUACGUGGUGUGCGCCCGCGUAUGCGUAUUCGUGUGUGUCUGUUCAUGUCCAUCAAACUGGUUCGUUUUGAAACUUCAUAUAUUUGUGUGCCUGUGUAUAUAUGUCUCUAUCUAUCUAUCUAUCUAUCUAUCUAUCUAUCUAUUUUCAUUUUCUCCCCCUUUUUCCAGUAUUUUUUCCUCCAUUUUUUUUACUUCCUUUCCGCUCCAAACACACUUUUCCCCACCUUUCUGAUAUUUCCCGCUGUUUUUCUCCGCGUCUUCUUGUUCCAACACGAGCACUUCAACAGAUCCACGACCACCAUAUUUAUUUUUAUUUAUUUUUUUUUAAUAAUCGUUCAACCUCCCAGAGGCUUUUUCUUCAGAAAUCACGUUUCCUUGUCUCGUAAACCCGCGAGCAGGACACGAACCUGA